AUGGAUCCACGGACGUCUGCACGAGCCCCAGCUCAAGCGCCACCCGUCAAGAUGAUCCUAGUAACGGGUGGUGUGAUCAGUGGCGUUGGCAAGGGAAUCAUCUCGUCGGGUCUAGGUGUUCUUCUCAGAGCACAUGGAUAUCGUGUAUCAGCGAUCAAGAUCGAUCCUUACAUCAACAUUGAUGCUGGUACAUUCUCACCAUAUGAGCAUGGUGAAGUGUUUGUGCUGGAUGAUGGCGGUGAGGUGGAUCUGGAUUUGGGUAAUUAUGAGCGUUUUUUGAAUAUACGAUUAACGCGUGACAAUAAUAUUACCACCGGAAAAAUUUAUCAACAUGUAAUUGAACGUGAGAGGCGAGGUGAUUACUUGGGUAAGACGGUACAAACAAUCCCGCAUAUCACCGGUGCUAUCAUUGAUUGGAUUGAACGAGUGGCCGCAAUACCCGUGGAUGGUACCAACGAAAGACCCGAAGUGUGCAUCAUUGAGCUUGGUGGAACGAUUGGUGAUAUUGAGGGAAUGCCAUUCAUUGCGGCUUUUGAAAAAUUCCAACGUCCAGCCUAUCGAGAUCAUCUUAUGACAGUGCAUGUCUCGCUGGUACUCGAGCCAAAGACGACAGGUGAACCGAAGACGAAGCCGAUGCAGAACAGCGUUCGAAAUCUGCGUGCAAGUGGUUUGAUACCCGACGUGUUGAUGUGUCGAAGUGAGAAACCUUUGACGAAAGCACUCAGAGAUAAGAUCGCUGCCUUCGGUAUGGUUGAGCCUGAACAGGUUAUUGGUGUGCACGACGUUCCGAAU